UCAAAGCUGUGUCACCGGUGCGAGGAGGAAGGCUAAGGAACUCUCGAUGACAGAAUCUAAACUCGAAAUUGGAAUAAACCUCGUUUGUCCUCGAGGUAUUAGUGAACAUUUCGCUUAAAAAGUGAAGUAAUCAACGGCGGGCUUGUUGCCUAUUAGUCAUUGGACGAUACGUCUACGGAAAGUUUGAACCCUACCUUUUACAGCACCGAUGUCAGAUGCGCCAUCUCCAUGCGCGAAUGCAGUUUUCUGAAGGAGAGUUUUCGUUUUUUGGGGAGGCGACUUGGAGACAAUUGACUUCAUGAUGAGAGAACGAACCUGGGUUUAGGAUUCAAAGACAAGGUUAGUGCCAGACCCCUCCCCCCUCUUUGUACCAUUGGCUGCUGUUGCCCAGGUGGUGGGACUCAGUAUGGGUUAAGAGCUGUGAGGACAGUGAAGCCUGAAACACACUCCACCCGCCGCACAGGUGGCUAGAGAUCAGAGGUCGUAGCUAGAGGUCAUGGCGGGCCUGAGGAGGAAGCUGAAAUUUCUGGUGACGUUGAUGACGGUCAAUCUCUUCAUCUUCAUCCUAGUGUUCCACAGAGGAGGAGGAGGACAGGACAAGGGACACAACAAGGUCCUUGUCCCCUCCAAGCGCUUCUGGUCCAAACUGGCUCCUAGUCAGGCCUACUGGAACCGCCAGCAACAGAGACUGGACCUCCAACACAACCCCAUCCUCGCCUCCUCCAACAGUAACAACACUAGCGAUGAGUUUGUCAGACCUGUCCCUGAUUGGCUCAACGACACGGGACUGAACCCUGACCCCUGCCAACCGGACUACAGAGUCACCACUGACGUUAAAGACUACAAUUCCCUACCUCCCCGUUUUAAAGACUUCCUGCUCUACAUGCGCUGUCGGUCGUACCCUCUAGUGGUGGACCAGCCUCACAUCUGCCAAAAGACCCGGAGAGGGGAGCCGCCCUUCCUCCUACUGGCCGUCAAAUCCCUUACUCCGCACUUUGACCGCCGCCAGGCCAUCCGCCAGUCGUGGGGUCAAGCCGGCGUCCUCGCCAACCGGACGGUUGUCACGGUGUUCCUGCUCGGCAACACCACGGCCGUGGACCACCACCCAGAUCUGUCGGCGAUGCUGCGCUAUGAGAACGCUCACCACAGUGACGUCCUCCAGUGGGACUUCCGGGACUCGUUCUUCAACCUGACCGUCAAGGAGGUGCUCUUCCUGGACUGGAUGACCACGCGCUGCCCUGGAGCUCAGUUCAUCUUUAAAGGGGACGAUGACGUCUUUGUCAAUACGUUGAGGAUCCUGGCCUUCCUCAAGGGCCUCUCGGGGCCCCGGGCAAGGGACCUGUUUGUAGGGGAUGUGAUCACCAACGCGGGGCCAAACAGGGAUAAAAAGGUCAAGUACUUCAUCCCAGAGAGUCUGUUGGUUGGCAAGUACCCGCCCUACGCGGGUGGAGGAGGGUAUCUCUACUCUGGGGACCUGGCCAAGCGGCUCCACGGGGCCUCGCAGCACGUACCGCUCUACCCCAUCGAUGACGUCUACACAGGGAUGUGUCUGAGGAAACUGGGGCUGGGGCCGGAGAAACAUAAAGGCUUUAAGACGUUUGACAUUGAGGAGAAGUACAGGAGGAACCCGUGUGCCUAUAAAGGUCUGAUGCUGGUACAUAGCCGGACACCGCAGGAGAUGAUUCAGAUCUGGGCCUGGCUCAAUGACCCCAACUUGACCUGUCAGUAACUACAUAGCCAGUGUCCAUUUUGACUUGAGCUACCAGAAACCGGGGACAACAGGUGUCUGUGGCCAUUUUUGAUUUGAGCUGUCAGUAACCAGGGAAGACAGGUGACUUAAACUGCCUGGACCAGACACCACGACAGGCGGCCAUUUUGUUAUGUUGGUUGUUAUAGUAACUCUGUGAGAGGUCAGUGGCCACUGUCUUGUGACACUUGGUAGGGUUGUUACAUUCUAAAGGUCAGCCACAAUUUGAGACUUUUUCUAUUUAUAUAUUUUUUGAGGGUAGGAUUAUUACUCUAGGAGGGUCAGUCGAACAUUGGCAGCUUUAAUGUUGUUAUUAUCAUGGUUGUUGAUGUUAACCAUCUUCAAAGUUGAAUCUUGGAUAAACAGUUCAGGUUUUGAAUCCCGAGAUAAAGAGGGCGUGAUUGUGAUGGCAGCACAACGGCAGACCAACGUGUCUCUGAGCUUUCUGAAGGGUCAAGACGGGGUUGUGAUGGUGAAGUCUGAUGGACCUUUCAUGAUUCCCCACUGUGUGUCUGACGGCACAAAGAGCCUGUACCAUGCCGUAUUAUGAGGAGUUGGAGACAGAGGUUGUGUGAAUGAGCAGCUUGAUCCCAGAUCUGUUUGGUGUGAAAAUGACCUUAAAGAGUUGGCAAGACUGGCACAAACUGAUCUGGAACCAGGCUAAUGGAUGAGUGCUCAGCUGGUCUGGGUCGUACUAGAUAGAAAUGUCCACAAAGAUGUUUGGUCGUUCCACAAAACGAGUCCCUCUUGGAUGAUGUCACUUGGGAAAAUAAAUCCAAUAAAAAAACACAACACUUCUUCCAGUCUGAAGAGAUCUGAUGGACCUUUAUGAUAAUACUUUAACACUGUGUGUCUGACAGCACAGAGAGCUUUUAAAAUGCUGUAAAACACUGACUAUAGUAAGUGCCAAAUAAAGUAACAGGGGUUGACCGCGACCGGGGGUUGACCGCGACCGGGGGUUGACCGCGACCGGGGGUUGACCGCGACCGGGGGUUGACCGCGACCGGGGGUUGACCGUAAACAGGGGUUGUAGAGUUCAUGGCUGAUUUAAGAUGAAUCUCUUUGUGACGGGGGGAAUGGAAGCUUGUUGUGUGCAACAGGGAGGGGCAUUUAAAUGCAAACUUAUUUAAAAAAUAUAUAUUUCUGGGUAACAUGUAACGUGUUCUGCUCAACCCACUCAGUUUCCCAUCAGAACACGUCCAAAAAGAGCAGAACCGGCUCACCCGCUUUUACACUGAUUUCACUAUUCGAUGUUCAAUGUUUCUUUGGGGAAAAAAUAAUAUUUAAGAAGGAAUAGUUUCACCAUAUUAAAGCGAGAGUUCAGUUCAUGUAACCCGGGGUGACCUUAAAAUCAGGGACAGGUGUGUUUUAUUUUACCUUAAAAUAAAUCACGAAUCACAUUUAAAUGAAUGAAUCUCUAGAAAUGACUUUGUAAAAGCAACAGAAUGACUAGGGCUUUACAAUGGUGGUGACAACUUUUGGGGUUUAAAGGGGCAGUCAGCAGUUGCUACGUCCGUUUUUGAUUCUUGAAGAAUAUAACUGAUAAAUACCUUCCAUGAGCUUAGUUCCACUGUCACAGCACAUCAGUCCUUGCAUCCAUAGCCCUGUCUAUUGAAUUUGAGUGGUUACAUUUCUUCAGUAAUUUAUUGUUUCUACUGCUGAUUGCAGCUUUAAGUGGGUUAAAAAUCUUCCUAGAAGUCAAAGGGAAAUGCCAAAAUACUGACUAUGGCACCGUAGCAAGUCUUUUCAUAUUAAGUCAGAUUUUGUGGUCUAUAUUAAAGGGCACUUCAUUUAAUAUAGAAGGCUGUUAAAAUACAGUAUUGGUGCACAGUUGUUACUUAAAUAUCAAAGGGAUGCAAAAUAAACGUUUGUGGAACAACUCUGUUCAGCGUUGCUUCAGGUCCUCCUUAUAAACCAGCCAUCUUCAUUAACAACCCUGUUCAGCGUUGCUUCAGGUCCUCCUUAUAAACCAGCCAUCUUCAUUAACAAAGAAACUGUCACGCUGAAAUGGCUGGUUAUAGCAUAUUUUCACAAAGACCAGGUUUAUCUUCAUAUCAA